ACGUCCCGGGAGCCUCACAAGCGCCCAUGAGGAGGUGGAGAGAGGCUGCAGGCACUGACCUGCCUUCAGCUUCCUGCUUGGCAAACUCCGAAAACUUUCACUUUUCUUUUCUCUGAAGCCCGGCCCCUUACUGCGUUUGUCAAAGCACGGACUUCCUGUUUUGCCUGCUACCAUCUCCCUGUAACUCUCCCAAUCUUCGAAGAGUGAUCCCCGGCCCAGCUCCUGGAAAGGGGCAAGAACGACAAACUCAAAGUCCAGGAUGUUCACCAUGACAAGAGCCAUGGAAGAGGCUCUUUUUCAGCACUUCAUGCACCAGAAGCUGGGGAUCGCCUAUGCCAUACACAAGCCAUUUCCCUUCUUUGAAGGACUCCUAGACAACUCCAUCAUCACUAAGACAAUGUACAUGGAAUCUCUGGAAGCCUGUAGAAAUUUGGUCCCUGUAUCCAGAGUGGUGCACAACAUUCUCACCCAACUGGAGAGGACUUUUAACCUGUCUCUUCUGGUGACAUUGUUCAGUCAAAUUAACCUGCAUGAAUAUCCCAAUCUGGUGACGAUUUACAGAAGCUUCAAACGUGUUGGCGCUUCCUAUGAACAGCAGAGCAGAGACACACCAGUCCUACUUGAAGCCCCAACUGGCCUAGCAGAAGGAAGCUCCCUCCGUACCCCACUGGCGCUGCCCCCACCACAACCGCCUCAACCAAGCUCUUCACCCUGUGCGCCAAGAGUCAGUGAGCCUGGAACAUCCUCGCAGCAAAGCGAUGAGAUCCUGAGUGAGUCGCCCAGCCCAUCUGACCCUGUCCUGCCUCUCUCUGGACUCAUCCAGGAAGGAAGAAGCACUCCAGUGACCAAUGAUGAGUUGACAUCCAAAAUGAAUGAGGAAGAAGACUCAGAAGAGAUGCCCAGCCUCCUCGCUAGCACUGUGCCAGUGGCCAGUGACAACCUGAUCUCCCAAAUAAAAGAUAAAGAAGACCCCCAAGAGACGCCCCACUCUCCGUUGGGCUCUAUGCCAGAGAUAAGAGAUGAUUCUCCAGAACCAAAUGACCCAGAAAAGCCCCAGGAGGUGUCCAGCACACCUUCAAACAAGAAAGGAAAGAAAAGAAAAAGAUGUGUCUGGUCAACUCCAAAAAGGAAACAUAAGAAAAAAAGCCUCCCAAGAGCCCUGCGUCCCACUGGGCUUCCGGUUCCGCCUCGUCUUAAGGGUUCACCCAUGCCUUUUCCUCCGGAAGUGGCCUGCGGAUAUCACGAUGCAGCCUCACCUAUACAUGGAAUCCAAAAGAAGCUCAAAGUAGUGGAUCAGGUUCCUCAAAAGAAAGAUGACUCAACUUGGAACACCACGGUAGUGACAAGGGUCCAAAAGGCAAGAGCUGAAUGUGCCCGAAACUCCAGAUCAGAGGAGAUCACUGAUUACACUUCAAAAAUGAAUGAAGGAAAGAGGUCCCAGAAGACGCCUAGCACACCAUCAAGGGUCACACAAGAAGAAAGGAGAAAAGAAUAUGGCCAGUCAAGUUCGAAAAGAAAACAGAAAAAAAAACUCUCAAGAGAGAAGCUCCAAGUGGUGGAUAAGGUGACUGGAAGGAUAGACGACUCAACCUGGAACUCAAAGGUCAUGAUGAGCAUCCAAAAGGCAAGAACUGAAUGUGCCCAGAAGUCCAGAUCAAAAGGAAAACCCAAAAGUGACCCUGUGGAUUUUCACUGUUCUAAGCUCCCCGUGACCUGUGGUGAGGCGAAAGGGAUUUUAUAUAAGAAGAAAAUGAAACACGGAUCCUCAGUGAAGUGCAUUCAGAAUGAGGAUGGAACUUGGUUAACACUAAAAGAAUUUGAAAUGGAAGGAAAAGGAAGAAACACAAAGAACUGGAAUCGGAGUAUACGUUGCGGAGGAACGACCCUAGCAGAGCUGCUGAAAGUAUUAUAAUGACAAGCGACAGAUAGAAUGGACUUUUGCUCUGUCCUCCAAGAAUAAAUCUCAAGAGAGAGUUAAAUAGCAAGUGAAUUUCUACUACCCUCUCAGUCACCAUGUUGCAGACUUUCCCUGUCUGGAGGCUCACCUUAGAGCUUCUGAGUUUCCCAGCUCUGAGUCACCUCCACAUUUGGGCAUGGCAUCUUCAAAACAAUUUUCGUAGUUAAUUUGGGAUGGGGAAGCAAAUGACUCUAAAAUAAAAAUUAAAUGAAAAAGCUCA